UAAAAAAAUAAAUAAAAUUAUCAAAAUUCGUAUUUUUUCAUUCUCUAUAAACAGAGAUACCACUCUUGAUAUGUUUUGGAACACAAUUAUAAUAUUUAAUAAAUAAAUAAAAAUUAAAUAAAUACUAUGUUGGGUUGAAUUGGGGAUAAAAAUAUAUAAGUUAUUAAAAGUUGGAUUAUGUAAGUGGAGGAAAGAGAAAUAAUUUUUUAUUAUUGAGUUCGGUUGGAUCGUCGAUGAAUAUAGCGUAUCACGGUGGCAAUCAAACCAAUCCAACUAAAAAUAAUUGCUUCUCACUUCUAUAUAUUAUACUGGCCUGUCUCACUGUGCCCCAUUACAAAAGUCCAAUCCAUUCGAAACCCACUCUCAUACUCAUCCCAAAGAAAAAAGAAAAAUAAACAAGGAAACAAUCAGAAAAUGGCGAAAAAUCCAGAAACAGAGCAUUCCGUGCAGGUAUUCGGAUGGGCUGCCAGAGACACUUCCGGUGUUCUUUCUCCUUUCAAGUUCUCGAGGAGGGCCACUGGCGACUAUGAUGUGCAGUUCAAGGUUUUGUAUUGUGGAAUCUGCCAUUCAGACAUUCACAUGCUCAAGAACGAGUGGGGCUUUUCUCAGUACCCUCUUGUACCUGGGCACGAAAUCGUUGGUGAGGUAACUGAGGUUGGCAGCAAGGUCCAAAAAGUCAAAGUUGGGGACAAAGUUGGCGUGGGCUGCUUAGUCAGAUCCUGCAGAGAAUGUGACCAGUGUUCGUCAGAUCUCGAAAAUUACUGCCCGAAACAAGUUCUCACUUACGGCACUCCCGACAUAGAUGGCUCCAUCACACAUGGAGGCUACUCAACCAUCAUGGUUGCAACCGAACAUUUUAUCUUCCGCUGGCCUGAUAACCUUCCCCUCGACAAAGGGGCCCCUCUUCUGUGUGCUGGCAUUACAACCUACAGCCCGCUCAAAUACUUCGGGCUCGACAAGCCCGGUUUGGCGAUUGGGGUAGCUGGGCUCGGCGGGCUUGGUCACGUGGCCGUGAAAUUCGCCAAGGCUUUUGGGGCCAAGGUGACUGUUAUAAGCACAUCUGAGAGCAAGAGGAAGGAGGCUGUUGAACAACUUGAUACAAUAUCCGCAGAUCACGGGCUUGUGCCGUUUCUAAAUCUGUUGAAGCCUCACGGGAAGCUCGUUUUGGUUGGUGCUCCUGAAAAGCCAUUCGAGCUCCCGGCCUUCCCCAUAAUUGCGGGGAGGAAGACUGUGGUGGGGAGUGCUAAUGGGCCGGUCAAACAGACGCAGGAGAUGCUCGAAUUUGCUGCCGCUCACGGCAUAACUGCAGAUAUUGAGCUUAUCUCGGCUGAUUACGUGAACAAGGCUAUUGAGAGGCUCCAGAAGGCUGAUGUGAAGUACCGUUUUGUGAUUGAUGUUGGGAAGACCAUGAAACCUGAUGUCGUGUGUUCGUCUUUGAACGAUUUCUUGGUGUUUUGCAGAGCUGUAAAUUGUGAGAAACUUGGUGGGUUGGACAGGCCAUUGGUCACAUAUUUCAGGGAGAGUAGUUUGUCUAGCGAGGUUCUCAAAAGUGGAUUCCCC